AUGUUCUUCUCGUCGCCCACCUCCAACAUUACCCCGGCCAUGACAUCGGUGGCUAUGUCGCGUUCAGACUCGCGCGACUCCACCUCGUCCAACACCUACUCGUACGCGCCGACCUCUGCCUACACGGCCCUGGUGUGCGCGUCACCCACCUCAGCGUGGCCAGCCUCCCAAGCUCUUGCACGAACAGACAGCAAUGCAUCCAACUCUACGUCUUCGUCGCAAACGCAGUCUAUUGCCAUGCGACGCGACAGCAGCAACUCAACAUGGAUGCCUAGCCCAUACAGAUCCUGCAUGUCGUCGUUUGGCACCGAACCCAACUCAUAUCUCUCUGACGACGACCUUCUGUGCCCUGCCGAAGACCUCAGCCUCCCCGUUGAGACGAUCCCGGCCCUGGCCCCCAAGAAGGACAUGACGACCGAAGAGCAAAUUGCCUUCCUCCGGGAACUCCAGGAGAAGGAGGCUGCCUCCAACCAGCCCCAGGCAGCAACCCACUACGUACGUGACGCCGAGGCGAAGCGCAGAGUCGUGCGCUUCGCCAACCAGGAAGCCAGCGGCGCGAGCAAGUCCCGCCGACCCAGCGCCAGUGCCAUCAAGAGACGUCAAAACGGUCAACGACGUGGCACGAGUUGCCUGAAUGGCCCUCAGUGA